CGACGUCUGUGAUAAUUCUCUUUUAUUACAGUGCUCCACGCGUCUCUCUCUCGUUCGCCACGCGCUUCUCUUCCCUUCCUCCUUCACCCUCACGGGAUUUCUCUCCUUUUCUCUCUCUCUCUUUUCCCGCAGCGAGAUCUCUUCCUCUCUCCCUCUUUCUCUCUCUCGCUCUCGCUCUAUGCAUCCACCUGUCUCCGCGAUUUGAUGGACAAGAAGAAGCUGCCUCACCGAAAGUUAUUAAAUUUCUCCGACCAUCCACCGACUAAGUCGUCCCUCUAGAAUAUCCCACCGAGUAGUAGCUCCUCCUCUUCUUCUUUUGUUGUUUCGUUUUUUUUUUCUUUCUUUCUUACUUUUUGGUAAUCGGAUGGCGCGGAAUCUGCGAUGGGUUCUGCUUAUCGCUGCUGUCUCAUGUCUUGUUACGGCACUUGAAGCUAGUGAAGGAGAUGCUGAUCCUCUUUACAAGCUGCUUUAUCUUUUUUCUUUUUUGGAUUUGGCUCAGCUGAUUUGGGUUUCCAGGUCGUGUGUUGAUCAAUGUCAGAAAACUGGAUGCGUUGGGGAUAACUGCUUCCACCAAUGUAAAUUCUCAGCUGAUGGGAAAGCCAUUGACGGUCCUUGGUACAUGCAAGAGCCGCUUUACCUGCGAUGGAAACAGUGGGAUUGCCAAAGUGAUUGUCAGUACGAAUGCAUGAUGACGAGAGAAGAAGAGAGGAGGAGAAACGGAGAGAAACCUACCAAGUAUUUCGGUAAAUGGCCACUCAAACAUGUCUAUGGCAUUCAGGAACCUGUCUCUGUUGCUUUCUCUGCUCUCGACCUUGCAAUACAGUUCCAUGGAUGGGUCUCAUAUUUCAUCCUCGUUUACUACAACUUGCCUCUCCAGCCAAACCGGAAAACCUACUACGAGUACAACGGGUUGUUGCAUAUCUACGCCGUCAUCGUCAUGAACUCACUCUUCUGGAGUGGCGUCUGUCACAGCAGAGAUGUUGAUCUGACAGAGAGGCUAGAUUACUCUUCAGCUACAGUAUUAGCCGGGUUUUCGCUUAUUCUAGCGAUAAUCAGGUCUUUCAGUCUACACGACCAGUCUGCCAUAAUCAUGGUUACUGCACCUAUUCUUGCAGUUGUAGCAACUCAUAUUCUCUACCUCAACUUCUACAACCUCGAUGAAGGGCUUCACCGGAAAGUUAUAUUCGCAAUAGGAGGAGUGGAGCUAGUGGUGUGGGGAAUAUGGGCGGCUUUAACGUCGCAUCCAUCGAAGUGGAAGCUGAGAGCUUUCUUUUUCUCGAGCAUACUCACGAUGUGCCUUAGAAUGCUCGAUUUCCCUCCGUACAAAGGGUACGUCGAUGCUCACGCUCUUUGGCGAGCUGCAGGGAUCCCACUCUCUUACCUUUGGUGGAGUUUUGUCCGUGACGACGCGGUUUUCAGAACCACCGUUCAUCUCAAGAAAUCAAAAUGAUGGAAAUGAUUCUCUCAAGUCUUUUUUUUUUCUUCUUUAACUCUUUCUCUCUUUUUUUUUUCCGGCGAGUUUCUCCGGUGUUCAGAAAGUUGUUACUAGGUGUGUUUUCGCAGGAGAAGCUUCUUCUGUGGUGAAUCUUGUUAGGGUUUUCGGGUCUUCCUCUCUUUUUCUCUUUUGCGUUUUCUUUUUCUUGUUUUGGUUUGGUUUUUUUUUUUCUCUCAAGGCUCGUCGGCCGGAGAGUUUUGCCGUUGGGGUGACCUCAGUUUGUUGCUUUUUGUUCAUUUUAUUAUGAUCGACUCAUAAAACAUCCUUUUUCAUUUUUUCUCAAUGUAAAAAAAAAGGGUUAUAUUUAUCUGUUUCUUUUCUUUUUA